AUGUUUAUGUAGUCUUUACUCUUCUCAAUUUUGGUAGGCGGAGGUUUUCUUGAUUCGAUUGGGCAUGCUGAUAUUAUUCUUUCACGAUGGUGUCUAUCAUUGGAACUAUUUGGACACUUUUUUGCUGAUGACGUGGGUGCCGAGCAUCGAAGCUACAUUCUAGAAUUGGCCGGUUUUCCAACUCGUGAGGCCCGGUUUCGCAAAGAAAUGGAACGUCUGAGAAACGCCUCUCGUGGUGAUCUUACAUUAGAGGUUGGCCGUGAGCGUGGCCUUCUUAUUAUAAACACAAUAAAGCAACUCAAUUGUGAGUACGUGAAGCGGCUUGAUCAAUCAAAUUGUGGCCUUGCUUCUCAUUUUGCUACUGGGUUGUUGCCUUCAGCCUCUGCCGCUUCUCUUCUCGGUCCUUCUUCGCCGACUUCCACUGCAGAUAGUCAUUCCCGACCCCAGCCUCAUCAAUUGCACCAGCACAAUCAAGCCUUCAUGCGUAGCGAGACUAAUCUCACUGACUCGCUUUUGACGGCAGCUUCUGCAACUGCCGGCUACAAUGGGCUGAUCGACUACAUCAAUCAGGAUGGCACCUGUUAUAUUCAGCCACAGAGUCAAGGAAUUGGACAUAGUGCUGCUCAACUUCCGACAAAUCAGCACCUGCGUGAACCACUCGUUAGGCAAACAAGUACUGUUGCGGCUACCACUGCUCUUAGCCUGGCUGGGUCAAGUUUACAACCACUCCUGGCCUGUCAUAGGGUCAAGGUUACAUUUAGAGACGAACCAGGCGAGGGCAAUGGAGUUGCUCGUUCCUUCUUUACGGCCUUCGCCGAAGCUUUGCUGGUUUCAGAUGAACUGCCUAGCCUGAAUUCAGUGUUGGGAUUCUCGAAUACAAUUUCAGUAAAUGGUAUUUCCCCUUCGGUUGCGACACCACCUCCUCCUCCAAUUGGGUCUAUCUGUAAGUCACUAGUUUUUUGA